GUUCGCAAUUCCUUUAGAGAAGAACACUAACCGCGCGGAAGCGAUAGUCAGCCAAUAUGUCUGCUGGUUUCGUCUCUGCUUCAUUUUGGCUCUGUGUCAACGUUGACGUGUGAUGUGCCACUUCUCUCUAUAGUUUAGAUUACAGAGACGCGAAUGAUUAGGGUCAUUCUGGAAAUCCAUGAGUCUUUAGAAGUGGAACCAGUUCGUUGUGUUGUUGUCUUCGUAAUGCAAGAUGACUGUAGUAAUGGAUAAAAAACCCAAUGCGGACAGGUUCUCCCCUACAAAGGGCGGCGACUUCUGAAGGGGCGGUGGUACCUCUGCUACUGCUGAGGCUGCUUCUGCUGGAGACGACAUGAGCGCCGAAGACGAAGGUGGUGGCUCUAGCGCCAUGACUCCUGGCGUUAUUGGGGGGAUGGUCGUUGGCGUAUCUCUGGCGGCUGCGGCCAUUUUAUGUACAGGGCUCUGUCUGGCUCUGUGGUACAAGCGUCUACGAGGUGACGCCGGAGAUCCCAGCCCCGCUACAUUUCUCGUCUCCAAGAGGAAACCCGAUCAAUAUGCCUCUCCCGAUCACCCAAUGGCAUUCGUCAUGCCCACGAUCACAGCCAGCGAGGCGGGGAGCGAGCCGCAGACGCCCACCCCGACCCAGAUCCUGACGCCUACUGAGAGGAGCAAGGGCAUAACCAAAUCCGUAGGGUCGGCUUCGUCCACCAUCUCGCAUUCGAGGUCCAAUCCGGCUAACCCCGAAGAUCACCCGAAUGUACAGAGGUGGGACGCCAUAACCACAAGUCGUACACCUCCACCAGCGUACAGUCCACCUCCAAUCUGUAGAUCUCAGGGCUAUGGCGUCUCUCCACCAAGUUUCUCCACCUUGUACUCCAACAUACGUCCUCGGUCAGCCUCCCCAAAAGGACCCCUGAACACAUCUCGGCAGAAUCCUCCCUUAUCCCUACCGAUACCGGGAAACAGAUGGACGCCCAGGGCUGUGAAGAGACCCAGGUCUGCCUCGCCGAGGGUCUUGCAACCAUCUCCUGUGACACCUCCAGCUCUUCCUCCAAGACCUUUUCAAGUGAUGUGCUCCAGGACACCUCCAACUCUUCCUCCGAGGUCUAUUUUCCUCAGAAGAAGUGUAGGAGGCAGUGAUGAGGCAAGAAAUUCACACCAAUCCCACUAUCUUUUAGCUGAAGAAGCACAGAGAUCAAGUCCAGACCUUGCUGACGUCACCACGCCAGACUCAAUAGAUGGAUGGGGACCCACCUGGACCCCAGCAUCCAGCAUAGCUUCCGGAGGUGGUUGCGGACUUGGGGAACUCCGCAUUCGCCUGCGGUACUCCAUGAGGACGAGGCUUUUGCGUCUGACUGUUCUUUCAGCAGAUAAUCUACCCUUGAGGCUUGGACCUGAGCCUGUCGACACUUACACUAAGGCUGUGUUACUUCCUGAUAAACGCGUCAGGUUCAGUACACGUGCUGUUCCAGCCUUGAGGAAUGCCCACUUCAAUGCCUCGUUCACCCACGCGGCUAGACCAACCCGUCUUGCUCAUACUGCGCUCAGGUUUUCCGUCUGCCAGGUUACUGGCUGUGGACGCAGAGUGGUACUAGGCUACGCGGCCUUGAGCUUGUCCUCCACUGGGCUGCGAGCUGGUCUGAACCAUGACCUGGACACUGGUUCCCUUACUCUGCACUUGCAGGAGAGCGCCCCUGAUCAGCAGAUUUGCGUAGGAGGGCAACUGCAGAUUGGGCUCAGUUGGAACAGCGAUGCCCACGAACUUUCCAUCAGUAUUCUGCAUUUGACAGGACUUCAGGGUGACCGAAAUACCAUCUCUCAGGACGUUCAAGUCUACAUCAAAGUCACCGUGUACACGAACAACACGAUUCUCUGCUGGAGGAGAACCACACCGCGUACUAUGGAGGCCGAGGUGACGCUCUUCGAGGAGGAACUCAUCCUCCGAAUGCCAGAGUUGGACCUUGAUGCCACUCACCUCGUCCUUAGCGCUCGCGAGAGAACGGGUCCUGGCUGUGGUCGGAAAGUUCUAGGUUCCUGCGUUGUGGGUCGAGGAAGCUGCGUGGGCGAGGAAGGCCGCCACCACUGGCUGGAUAUGCUGAGAGCGGCACCCGACAUCGUGGUCAGAACUCACCCGCUCACUGCUCUGGAAGCUUUCCAGACUCAGUGUCUGCAGCAGAACCCUCCGCCAUAUCAGAGCGCGUUCCCGUCUCCCAGCCGAGAUUCUGAUUUGCCCAUUUAUCAUCGGUACCAGAACAUUGGGCUGAUUUCCAACCAGAACUUCCCUGUAGUUGAGAUACCAGGGCCUGAGAGGUCUCAGAGCCAAGAGGAAACUUCGCAAAAACAGAGCCAAGAGCAAGAUAGCCAAUCUUCUUCUGAUGAAGGUCAGAGUUCAGAGGUGCUAACUCCAGAGCAGUGUCAGAGUCCUGAACCUGCGACAGAUGACGGCCAGGACACCGAGGUAUCGUCAGUGAAUGAGAGCCAUCACUCUGAAUUGAUGUCCUCUGAUCAGAGUCACUAUUCAGAGAUAUCAACGCCAGAGCAGCUUUCUCAUGAUCAGUCCACAGGAAGUCAGAGUUUAAUUGCCCUCGACAAGAAUAAUGAAACUAGUGUGGAUUGUGAGAAAGAGGGCAAUGUCCAGCCAGGUGAAAACAUAUAUUACAACGUGCCAUUAAAUCAACAUACCUCUUGCAGUGAGGCCAAGGUGUCAAACGAGCCUGUCUAUGCAAAACCCGACAUGACACUUAAACGCAGCUACAGAAAGGCAUCGUCUUGCACUUCAGAUUCAGUUGCAGUAGGACAGAGCUCUUUUGAGGGCUCGUAUCGCACCAGUGAGCCUAUUUAUGACUCACCUGACCUAAUAGCUCACCGUAUCCAUGACAAGGCUGGACUGCAGGAGAAGCAUGUCUACAGCAAACCUGUCACUCCUUUGCAACAUCUGUACGAGAAUUCUUCCAUCAUAUCGGGGAAUGUUUACCAGGUGCCAGAUCUAACCGUAUCCCACAUUUACCAGACUCCAGAUAUUUUCUCUCAUCACGUGUAUGAAAGUCCCGUAUCUUCUCCUGAACAUAUUUAUCAAAUGCCGUACGAAUCCAGCUUGAGGAGAUAUCAGAACAUCAACCUCUAUAGGCAGCCUGAUGACAGGGAGUAUGCGAACUUGGCAAUGUUGGAUGGGAGUGGUAAGAGUAAGAGGAGGUACGAGAAUGUGCCUGGUGAUUACGAAGUCCCUGAUACAAAGCGUAUAUCCACCGGGGAAGUCUCUGCUUCGCAGCGAACUUCCACUGUGGGAUCCAUCAGUGGACAGAAUGAUACUCAGUUAUCUGUGAAACAUUAUCGAGAUUCAAUAGAAGAAGAACAGGCUGAAUUCUACUCCCUUCAGUACGAGGAAAAUAUUCCUCCACAGGAUUAUAGAAGCAGUAUGGGUGAUAACAUCUCGGACACGUCUGAGAUCUACCAUGACGCUAGAAGUUCAACUAAGAGUGAAUGAGGGACAGCUAUACUUGGUGUAGCUGACAGCAGUUUGAUUCGGAGUGAAAAUUAAGUGAGCGAAUAUGAAGCGGAAGAUCAAUGUAAAUCAAUAGACUUUUAUCAGUUCUGAAUACAUUAACUAUUGCUCCAAAUAAGGGUAGUGAAAGUGCACUUUAGUUUUGUCUUUACAUACUUAUGAUACUACUCGUACGUUUGAAAGUACGAGAGUUUUCAGAAUACCUUUUGACAAGAUGAAUGGAAGUUUCUAAAGCAGGAAAUAGUAUCAACACACAUCUUCAGAAUGAAUUGUAAACUCAUACUGUACAGCAUCAGUGCCCCGGACCCUUAAAGAAUUCAUCUCUGUACCGCUCUUGCUAUAGUCGUGAAUUUGCUAUAGAUUUACUGCUGAAAAAUGUGGAUUAAAAAGGACUUUACUAACUUGAUUGGAGAGUCUGUCUCGUUUUGUUCUAAUUUGUUUAUUUAUUCAAAUGGUGCUCGUUGUUGCCACUUCAGAGGCUAACUGGAUGACCUUACGUGGAGGAGGUCUGAUGAAAAGAUUGUAAUUAUAUACAUAUGCUGUAUGAAUUCGCGUGUGUGAUUGUACAUUGAUAGUAUUAAUAUAAUCUAUCUGGUUGGCUGUUUGACAAUAAAAAGUAUAUCAUUCGUU